GCAUGUCAGAGCCGCGAAGAAAAAUCUGGUGAAAAAUUGAAAGGCAAAACUGCACUGAGCAAAAUCAUUUUUUCCUAUUCAUCGGCCAGCUCAAAGCACUAGGGGAUCCUCUUGCCCCUAUGUGAGACCCCGAGGAGCAGGGGAACCCCCAGAGCCAUCCCGGGGGCUCUGCAAGCACCACGGGUGGGGGUGCGAGGGGGCAGAAACCGAAAGGGAACCCCAGCAAAGAGUGAAAAAAAUUACACCCAACAACACAUGUUUUUUUUUCCCCAAACAUGGAAAUAUUGAAGGCUUGUGCCACCCACCCACCCCUUCUGCCCUGCAAUCUCAUGCCACGUGUGUCACCGUCCAGAUCCCAAACCCCACGUGCUUCAAACCUCACGGUACCCAGGGCCUUUCGAAGCAACUCUGAUAUUUCACUUAUGACUUAAAAUAUUUCUGCGUAUGAGACACUCGGUGUCGAAGCUCAGGGCCAGGUGGGGAGCCCGAGCAGAAUUGCCUUACUUUUGCGGUUUGUCAGCCGCUAACAAACAGCCUUUGUUUGAGGUUUCGUGCUGUCGGCUUCAAAGCUUUCUGCGAUGCCGCUUGCGUGUGCUUCAUGGAGAGCUGGGGGUGCUCUCGGCAUUUUCCAGGGCCAGGACAGAACACCUCCCGCAGAAGGAUGGCUUCUCACCAGCUGCUCAUCAGCACCAGCAGCUGCUGCCAAUUUUGCUGCCUUCUGCUGAAGAAAAGGGCCGCCCGCCUCAAAUUGCAUCUUCUCCUUUUGAAAGCAAUUCAGUUUUAAGAGAGGAGAAACCAGCCCAAGUUCAUUGCUUCCUUCUUUUGUUUUAAUGCCAAGCCCUCCGAAUUAGCUUGCUACGCUUUAAUUGCUAGGGGCUAGGUUUGGACAGAGGAGGAAAAGCCACGUGGGGAAAUACGAAGAAAUAAUUAAAAAGCCAGCCCAGAAUGACUUUGGGGUUUUCUCUUCCUGAGGGUGCUGCAAGGCAGCCCUGUGCAGUGCGGGGGGCCUGACGCACACCUGAUUUUGGGGCUGGGCACGGAAGAAGCCUCUGCUCUUCACCAGACGUCACCGGUGGCAUCUGCGUGCAGCGGGGGGGCAGCCAGCCACACCGCCACCGUCACAUCCAUCCCACCAGGAGAACGGGAUCCAGAGGGUCCUCCAGGAACGUGGGGUCCCCCAGGAUCCCCCAGCCGCUGGGGACGUUGGGCAUCGCCACCAUGGUGCGGCUGUGGCUCUGCCUCUGCCUGCAGCUCCCAGGUUUCUGUGCCAGUCUACGUUUGUCCCAGACUCCAGACCAUAUUUUAGCCCAAACUAACAGCAGCACGGAAAUCCUCUGCCACACGAAGAAGGAGCACACCGGGCUGUACUGGUACCGCUGGAACCAGGGGCAGCAGCAGUUUGAGUUCCUGCUGUUCUCCAACUCGCUGGGCAAAAGCACCUACGGCAUCAACGUCAGCAAGGAGAAGUUCAGCGUCCGCGGGAUGAGCUCCCAGUCCUACAGCCUGCACAUCAGCCGGCUGCACGCCUCGGACGCCGGCAUGUACUACUGCUCCAUCUCCCAGUCCUCCGAGCUCAUCCUGGGCAGCGGCACCAGGCUUGGCGUGGUUGAUGUUUUGCCUCUGCCUUCCACGUCCACGCUGGCCCCGCUCACCAGGAGACCCUCACAAUGCAAACCUAAAAGCAGAGCCGCAGGCAACAAAGGUGCCUGCAGCCCCCUGGUCUGGGUCCCGCUGGCCGCUGGCGCCCUGAUCCUGCUGCUGAGCGUGGUGCCCACCGCCCGCCGCUUCUACCGGCUGCGGCGGAGGCUGUGGCGUCGCAUCCACAGGCAGUAAAUCCUGCUGGGAAAAGGUACGGAGCAUCCCCUGCCUGGUGCUGAGCCCUGCCUGGAUGUGACCCAGCAUGGAUGUUCAAGACAGGACUUGUGGUGGGACUCGGACACUUUCUUCCUGCAAUGCACCAUGAUUUUAAACUUUUUCCUUGACACAGCAGCUGAUAAUUAGAUUGGGCCGGAUCCUGCAACGUGCUGAGCCUGUCUCAAGGAGCCUUACAGGAGCAGGGUGAGCCCCUGCACUAAAGCUGGGGCACCAAAGGGAUGCAGCUGGGCUCAAAAGAUGCUCUGGGAGCGCCUGGGCUCUCUGUGCUCACCCACGGGACGGCACCUCGGUGCUUUGGGCUUCCUCC